CUCAUGCUAAAUAUAAUUUUUUAAUACUAAAAUUAGUAUAUAUAAUGGAAUUGAUUAAUUACCAAAAUUUAUUAGCUGAAAGUAUAGUUAAAGAGGUUCCAUCUUUAAUAAAUUAUAUUCCUAAUUUUAUAACCGAAGAAGAGGAGAAAAAUUUAAUUCAAGAAAUAUAUAAUGCUCCGCUUCCAAAAUGGACUCAACUUAGUCAUCGUCGUCUUCAAAAUUAUGGCGGCAUACCACACGUUAAAGGGAUGAUUGCUGAAGAAAUUCCUAAAUGGCUCGAAGCACAGAUUGAUAAGAUAACAUUACUAAAUAUGUUUCAUAAAGAGAAAAGACCUAAUCAUGUAUUAAUAAAUGAGUAUUUGUCCGGUCAAGGCAUUAUGGCACAUUCCGAUGGACCUCUUUUUCAUCCAAUAGUUACGACAAUAAGCUGUGGUUCGCAUACACUUUUAGAAUUUCAUAAAGCCAUUGAUACGGACAAUAUUGAAUCACGAAAACAUGAAUUUAGUUUAUUAUUAGAACCAAGGAGUUUAUUAAUUCUACAAGAUGAUUUAUACCACAAUUAUUUACAUUCGAUCGAAGAAAGAAUUACCGAUACAAUAACUCAAGCUCGUAUAAAAAACUUACAUAUGUGCUCACAAAUUUACAAAGAGUCACAAAUUCUAAAACGUUCAACUAGACUAUCAUUAACAAUUCGACACGUUCCUAAAACAAGUAAAUUUAAAUUAAAGUUUGGAAAGUAAUACUAUAUAAAUAAAUUUACAAAAAAUUCUA